AAGAGAACUAUUUAUGAGAACAAGAGAAGGAAAAGCAAGUUGAAAAGCAGAGAAGACGAUCUGAUAGUGAUAGAUAGGCUGGAGGAAUAAUUUAUCGAAGAAUAAAAUUUAAAAACCUCGAAAUUAUUGUCUUUCGCAUAAAUACGAAGAUCGAUUAUUCAGCUGAGGAAAGAAGAAAGUAAUGGGGCGUGUGGAUUACCUAGCGAUGAAGACCGACGUCGACACGGUUGCUCUGGUCAAUUCCGACGUGGAGGAGCUUAAGAUCGCUGCCAAGAAACUCUUAAGCGAUGUGACCAAGCUUGGUGGAGCAGCCUUUGAUGUUUCUUUCGUCAAAUGGUUGGCUUGCUUCGCUGCCAUUUACUUGUUGAUAUUGGAUCGUACAAAUUGGAGAAGCAAGAUGCUAACAUCACUCUUGAUACCAUACAUCUUCCUUAGCCUUCCUGGUGUGCUUUUCAACUUCCUUAGUGGAGACGUUGGGAAAUGGAUUGCUUUCGUUGCAGUUGUACUCAGACUUUUCUUCCCAAAACAUUUCCCAGAUUGGCUAGAGAUGCCUGGUUCUCUGAUCCUUCUGCUAGUGGUAUCUCCUCACUUUCUAGCUCACCAUAUACGUGGAACCUGGAUUGGCUCUAUCAUCAGUCUUUUCAUAGGCUGUUACCUUCUUCAAGAACAUAUCCGAGUCUCGGGUGGGUUCAGGCAUUCGUUCACGCAGCCCCGUGGUGUAUCAAACACUCUAGGGAUCAUCCUUAUUCUGGUCUACCCUGUUUGGGCUCUAAUCGUUCGUGUCUUAAAAUAGACAUCUGCCUCUUCCAUAUCCCCCAAGCUGUAUAUGUCUCUGUCCAAUAAACUCCGUGAAGCACCGGGCAAAAGCUCUUUGCUCUGCUUCUGUUACUAUCUAAAGCUCAAUCAAUGUUCCAUAUAUUUAAAAGAAAAAAAAAAUCUCAUUUUUACAACUAUUUGUAAAGAAAAAAAAAACUAUCUGUUUGUCUAUUGUAAUAAGAACUGUUUAAGUAAUAAGGCUUUAAGCUCCGAAUUUCUUCUGUGUAAAUUGACUAUGUAUA